AUGGCUGAUUCCAAGAAUAACGAUGUUGAGAUGAACGGUGAGGACUUCUCCAAAGACGUCACUACAAGCGAAAAUGAGAACGGUACCGGCACCAAUGGUACAAAUGGAAACGCUGAUGGCCAGUCAAACGCACGGGAUGACGACAGAAAACUUUUUGUUGGCGGUCUGAGUUGGGAGACUUCUGAGAAGGAGUUGCGCGAACAUUUUGGCAAAUACGGAGAAAUUGAAAGCAUAAACGUGAAAACAGACCCACAGACUGGCCGUUCACGUGGCUUCGCUUUCAUUGUUUUCACUAGCACUGAAGCUAUUGACAAAGUUCACGCCGCUGGUGAACAUAUAAUUAACAACAAGAAAGUCGACCCCAAGAAGGCCAAGGCCCGUCAUGGAAAAAUUUUUGUUGGUGGUCUUACAAAUGAAAUCAGUGAUGAUGAGAUCAAAACAUAUUUCAGCCAAUUCGGCAAUAUUGUCGAUGUUGAGUUGCCAUUUGAUAAGCAAAAGUCACAGCGUAAGGGAUUCUGUUUCAUUACAUUUGAUUCUGAACAAGUGGUAAAUGAGCUGCUGAAAACACCUAAGCAAAAAAUAUCCGGCAAGGAAGUUGAUGUUAAACGUGCAACACCGAAGCCAGAAAACCAAAUGAUGGCUAUGCGUGGAGCCCGUGGUGGCAUUCGUGGUGGACGUGGAGGCUUUGGACGUGGUGGAUAUCCACAAUGGCCAGGUCAAGGUGGUUAUGCUCCAUAUGGCGGUUAUGCAGGUGGUUAUGAUCCAGGCUAUGGAGACUAUUACAGCGGGGGCUAUUAUAAUGGCUAUGACUAUGGAUACGAUUACGGCUACGGAGGUGGUUAUGAUGGCGGCUACGGUGGCGGUAGCGGCGGCGGUGGCCGAGGUGCCGGUGGUCCACGCGGCGGUCCAAAAGGUGCCGGCGGCUAUCCUUCGGGAAAGCAAAGAGGGACAGGACGCCAGCCCAGACACCAACCCUACUAAUCAAGUUCAUUGCAAUAAGUUGAUAGUAAUAAACAAGCGCUGGUAUACAAAAAAUCACACACUACACGAACUUAAUUCUUUGGUUUAAGUUUUUACUGAUCGCUUGGAAAUUAACUAUACAAACGAAUUAUAUGAUUUCUUCUGUGUUAUAUUUAACACGUCGCAUGCACACACGGAAACGAGAAAUUUGGCACCUGGAAUAAACACUACAACAAGAAACAACAACAUAAAUAUGCUUAGAGACCCAGUGCUGACAACAACACCCCAUUCCAAAAGGUUAAUCAUCAAUCAUAUGAAAAAAAUCUCAUUGUGGUCGGCACGGUUUAAACAAUCAAUUUAAGUUCGUAUGUGUGUCAAGAGAACAAAAAAUGGAAAAUACACCGGCCUUACUUUUUUACCAGAAGUGCAAGCAAAAAAGUCUACUAAUUCAGCGUUGCAUUCAUUGCAGUGUCAACUUAACAACAAUUCGGCAAUCAAUAGUUUAUUAGCAGUACUUUUCAGUAGUUUUAGAUCAUAUAUAUUACACUUAAUCUUAUGUUACCUAAUAUACUUAUUUACUUUAAAAUGGUAAUUUUUAUGCUCUAAGUAGUAGUUGUGGUAUGUUAUCAGUUAGCAAUUUGUAAUUAUCAACUCUGCCCUUAGCCCCAUUGGAAAUGCUAUUUUCCUUACCCGCAUCCUAUCCACAUAUAAUCCGUGCGCACAAUGCACCUCCACACACGCGGAUACAUGCCGUAUGUAUGUGCGUGUCUGAGGUGUUUGUUUGCAAAUUUCAUUUACAUCAACUUGUCGCUCAAUUCGUAAUAAAGCUGUCACGUUGUCGUUUGAUAGCGUUUAUCUUUUCGCUAGUAUACAUAACGUGCGUUAUGUACUAUUUUUUAUACUUAUCUAUACUUACUACUAAUGUCUAAAAAUAAGCGUAUAACAGAAAGAAUGGCAAACAAACAAAAUAAACUUACCAAGUUAUGCUUAAAUUCUGAGUACUAUCAAAUGUCAGAAGAAAAAGAGAGUGUGGUGAGAGAGGGUGUAUCGUCGACUAACACAACAAAAUAAAGCUGCAUCCAUAGCAAAACAACAAAAACGUAUCCACCAAAAUAUUCGACGCAGAAUUCAACUAAAGACAAAUUAUGUAUGUACAGUUACAACAGUUGCAUACAUAUCCAUACAAUUCAAUACAUACAUAUAUAUAUAUUUAUUCUCAUAGUAUAUAUAUAUAUAUAACGCAGAAGUAACAUCAUAAAAGAAUUUAUAUAUUUUAAUAAAGAUCUAAGAAAAAACAAAACACAGGAGUGAAUGUAAUUAAGAUCACUAUUGGGCGGCGGGAAGUAAUAUAGGCAAACAAAAUAGUUUUAGUGAUAACUUUUCAAUUACGUAAGGCAAAUUAAAUAACCUGAGGGAUUUUCUUCCUUUAAGUCACAGCAAAUAGACUAUGAUAUGGAUGUGUGCGUAGUAUGUACUAUAUACAUACAUAUGUAUAUAUACCACAAUAUAUGUAACAUUAAACGUGAAGUUUUUUCUUCCAAAAGUAUCCGUAACAUAAUAUUCGAACCGAUUUCAGGUAGGUUAAUGCAGGAAUGAUCAAAUCGAGUGGUUCACGGUCACGUUUACCGUUAUUUAUUAAUGCACGCGGCACUUACAUACUUUCCGCUUUUGCAGCGUGUGUAAAGGGUGGGCAAUUUGCAGACUUUGAAAAGAAAGUUUUUUGAUAAGCAGAAAAUGUUUUACUGUACUAAAUGUGAAACAAUUUCGAUACAUUGCGCGAAUAAGAGAUGUGUGUUUGUGUGGAGUGAGCAUACGAGUACUAACUGAAUUUAAAUAGUUAUUACAUGACUUGUUAAAUUGCUGACAUUGUAAUGGUAAUGUUUAUUCAUAGAUCUAUAUGUACGUAUUCUAUCUUAUUCAUUCAGAGAAAAAAACAACAACAAUAACCAAUGCAAAAAACACAACAAAUACAAGUUAAUUAUAAAACAGGAACAGCAAAGAACUAAUUGCAACAAAGAUUAAACCUUGAAUAAAUAUAUAUUAUUAUAAAAAACUCAAUGUACAAAACAACAAA